GGCACGAUUUGGGGGAAGUGUCUAUGAUGUGUUUUGACAAUCAGACUAUUCAAGAAUAGACUGCUACCAUGUUAGAGAGAGAUGCAGAUGCACUGCUCUGCUACUUUUCAUAUGAUGUACUGUUUGCAGUAAACGGAGCUAAUCAAGAACUAUGGCCUACAGUGUGAGCUUGAGUGUCAACAUUUGCCAAAUGGAUUCUGACUAUCAGAACCUAGGAGAAGACGAUUCAGCUAAGGACUCGUUCCAGCUCGCUGGAGAGCCAGCAGCCAGCACCCAGAUGUGUCGUGAAAGCCUACAGAUGGACGUUUUAUGGGACUGCGCAGACGAACACAUGAGAGACGAGACACAUGACAAGGAGCAGACGUACUCUCUGCAGAGGCACCGCUGGUCAGCUGCUACCCUAAAGGUCCUCUCCACGAUGCCCAGUCGUGCUGCUGGGACAAACGGUGCUGCAGUAGUUUCCCAAUGUGCCGGACACUCAUCUCAGCUACACCAGGCGACCUCCCAUGAUUCUUCUCCCCCCUCCAGACCAAUCCAGGAUGACUCUAUCCAGGCAGACAUGGAGGAAAUUAUUACUGAAGAAAACAAGAGGAAGCAGUUGGUGUCCAACCUCCGAGGCCUCUCAGCGAGCGAGGGCAUGCGCAAGCUGCGAGCCAUGCCGCUCAGCCUGCCAGCUAAGAUGGAAAUCAGACGACUCGCUUUCAGUGACGCAGCUGAGAGAUCACUCAUCAGCAGAAAUAUUCCGUGCUACAGUCAUCUACACGUGUACAUUUCAAGGACUUGGCGUCACUGCCUGUUCAGCUGCCUCCCCAUCAUCAGUACCCUCAAGCUGUGGCAUUCACCCAUGAAGAGACUGAGCGGGCGUUUCGGAACCGGAGUGCUCUCCUACUUCCUGUUUCUCCGGACCCUCCUGCUCUUCAACCUUCUCCUCUUCGUCAUCAAUGGCCUAUUCCUUGUCUUCCCUCAAGCUGUCCACCCUCCUCCUCUUCCUUCCGACUCUCACUUCGACACUUUCACUGGGCUUGAGCUUCUCACAGGAAUGGGUCCCCUCUCUAAGAGUGUGAUGUUUUACGGCUACUACACCAACAACGUCAUCAAAACUCACACCUACAGCAUACCUGCAGCCUAUUUCUUUACCAUUGUCAUCGCCUUCUUCAUUAUCUGCAUCAUCCUGGUCAUGUCCAGGUCCCUGGGGAAAAGUUUUCGUGUCCUCAAAUCCAAUGGGAAUCUGGCGGUGAAAGUUUUCUGCUCCUGGGACUUUAAAGUCAGCAAGAAGACGUCUGUCAUACUUCAGUCUGAGAAAAUCAGCACUCAGCUCAAAGAGCUGCUGUCUGAUAUGAUCGGUGGAGAUGGUGUAAAGAGCUGCAUGCAGCGACUCUGCCUCCUCACAGUGCAUCUGAUAACGUGGGCAACAUGUCUGACCAGCAUCUCCCUAGGCACCAUGGCAGUCCACUUCCUGUCAGAGGAUGCCACUAAAGAGAGUUCUGAAAGAGAAACUCAGCUGCUGCGCUUGUCUGCUGUUGUGUCCGGCAUUAACCUGUUGCUCCCCGGCGUCUUCAACGUGUGUGCUUGGGUAGAGAAUCAUGACUCACCCAGUGUUGAAGUCUAUGUCUCCAUCUUCAGGAACCUGUUGUUGAAGGUCAGUAUUGUUGGAGUGCUGUUACACCGCUGGUUGGGGAAAAUUGCUGCGGAACCAGAAAGUCGUCGUUUACAGUGUUGGGAGAGCUUCGUCGGGCAAGAACUGUACUGCUUGCUCCUGAUGGACUUUGUCUUCACAGUGCUUUACACUUUUUUGGGAGAAUUCCUAUGGAGGCUCUUUUCCAAGCAAGUGAUGAAAAGGAACAGGAAGCCAGUGUUUGACAUUGCUCGUAAUGUCCUGGAGCUCAUAUAUGGACAAACGCUUACCUGGCUUGGGGUGCUGUUUGCUCCACUGCUUCCUGCAGUCCAGAUCAUUAAACUGUUUGUGCUGUUUUACAUGAAGAAGAGCAGUGUGCUACUCAACUGUCAGGCCUCCAAAAAGCCCUGGAGGGCCAGUCAGAUGACAACGCUAUUCAUCUCUCUUUUGUGUUUCCCCUCAUUUCUUGGUGCUGCAGUGUCUGUGUCAUACACAAUGUGGACGAUUAAGCCUUCGUCAGGGUGCGGCCCUUUCAGGAAUCUCACCACAAUGUUCCAGUCAGGGAAGCUGUGGGCCAAGGAGCUGGGGAACCACCACCCAAUCCUGUUUUGGCUCAGCUGGGCCUACAACUCUCUGGUGGAGAACCCAUUGUUCUUAUUCCUUGUCAGUGGAGUCCUUUUAAUGGUGAUAUAUUUUCAUACUCAUGUUGUUGAUGGCCAAAGGAAAAUCAUCAGUCGGUUAGAAAAUCAAAUUGAAAAUGAGGGUAAAGACAAAACGUUCCUCAUCACCAAAUUGCAAGAUAUUUAUGAACAGAGUAGACUGGUUUCCCCUCAUUGAUAAGGUGGAUAUUCUCAGUACCGCAUAUCCUGUUUGUGGUUGUAGCAUAUCUUAUUUGUUUGCUCCCUGUUUUAAUUACCUCGCUGGUAAUCUAAAAAGGACAUUUGUGUUAACAGACUUCCUUAUAAAAAGUCCCCCCCCCCGCUUUUUCUUCCCCUCUCCAGCCCGUGGCUGAACAACAUUCACACCAUACUGUAGAAAUGACAAGUAAUUAUCUCAUAAGUGACAAACAUCAUCGCUUGAAUAUUAUCUCAUCUAUGUCAACAUGUUUGCCAACAUCAUGGAGGUCACCUACAAGCUACAAUGAAAAGAAAAGCAAAACCAGUAACAAAAUCUGGUUGAUAUCAUAUCUAUGAGCUGUCAAUAUUUAAUUAUACAUGGCACUCUAAUUGUAUGUCAGGAUGUAUAUUUUUAUUUGUGUAAAUGUUUAUGAAAAUUUAUUUUGAAGGUGUUUUAUCAAAAGACAAAAUAAAUUUGUUUGAACACUU